CCACGAAACCCGAACAUGCCGUAGAACGACCCCGCGAUGUCUUCCCCCGCGCCGGCCUUCGCCUCCUCGCCCUCCCUCUCCAUCAUCUCGCCCCGCCGCAUCCCAAAAUCCCGCUUCACAUUCAAGCAGCUGCAGCAGCUGAAAUCCUACUCAACGCAGACGCCCCUCCGUGUAAUCGCCCACGUAGACCUCGACGCCUUCUACGCGCAAUGCGAGACCGUGCGCCUGGGCCUCGACCCCUCCAAGCCCCUCGCCGUCCAGCAGUGGCAGGGCCUCAUCGCGAUAAACUACCCCGCGCGGGCGUUCGGGCUUAACAGACACGUCACGAGCACCGAGGCACUGAAGUUGUGUCCCGAGCUAAUAAUGCAGCACGUGGCAACGUGGAAGGAGGGCGAGGAGAGCUGGACGUACAGUCCCGAUGCGUUCAAGGAGAUUGCGACGCGAAAGGUCAGUCUGGAUCCGUAUCGCCAGGAGAGUAGGAAGAUUCUCGCGUGUAUUAAGACGGUGUUGCCAAAAGACUUGCAGCGGGUCGAGAAGGCGAGCAUAGAUGAGGUGUUCAUGGAUCUGAGCGCGCAUGUGCAUUCCGUGCUGCUGGAGCGGUUUCCUGAGCUAAGAGGCCCCCCGCCGUACGAUGACCCCAGCGAGUAUCUGCCCAAGGUGCCGACGACGGUGCUGGACUGGAAGGCGGAUGCGCUCGUGGAGACCGGUGAGGAGAACGGCGAGGAAUGCGAUCCGGACUGGGACGAUGUGGUUAUGAUGGUUGCAUCGGAGGUCGUGCGGGAUGUACGGCAGGCGGUGUUUGAUACUCUUGGAUAUACAUGCUCGGGGGGAGUGGCGAAGAACAAGAUGCUGUCGAAGCUGGGGUCGGGAUAUAAGAAGCCGAAUCAGCAGACUGUAAUCAGGAAUCGCGCUAUUGGCCACUUUCUGGGCGAGAUGAAGUUCACGAAGAUACGUAUGCUGGGCGGGAAGCUGGGCGACGAGGUAGUCGCCAUGUUCGGCACGGAUAAGGUCAAGGAGUUGUUGGGGCAGCCGCUCGAUCAGUUGAAGCGGCUGGGCGACGACACUGGGUCCUGGCUGUACAACACCAUCCGCGGCGAAGAUCACAGCGAAGUCAAUCCCCGUACGCAGAUCAAGAGCAUGUUGUCUGCGAAGUCGUUCCGGCCUGCAAUCAACUCCUUCGAGCAGGGCGUCCGGUGGUUGCGCAUCUUUGUCGCAGAUAUCUUCUCGCGUUGUGUCGAAGAGGGUGUGCUGGAGAACAAGAGGAGGCCACGCACUAUCAAUUUGCAUCAUCGACAGGGCUCACAGACGAGGAGUAGGUCGAGUGCUAUUCCGCAGGGCAAGCCGCUGAGCGAGAUUAUGCUGCUUGACCUGGCAAAGAAUUUGCUGGCGCAGGUGGUAGUCGAUGGACGGGCAUGGCCGUGUGCAAACCUCUCUCUCAGCGUCAGCGGAUUUGAAGAUGGCGUGACGAAUAACAAGGGCAUCGGUGGCUUCCUCGUGAGGGGUGACGAGGCGAAGGCGAUGAUGUCGAGCGGGAGAUCAACAAUGAGCGGUGGAGAACCGCUGGCGAAACGAAGAAGAACGAAAGGAAACAUAAAGAACUUCUUCGGUCCACCCAGUGACAAGAAACGGGAUUUUGAUGCAGCAAGGACAGUGUUGAUGGCACGUCAGAAAUCGAUGCGAGAAGAAGAUACAGACGAUGUUGAAGAAGAUGACGCUGAUGAAUUUGGUGCGCCGCCACUUGAAGAGUCGGAAGAGCAACCGACGACUCCAAUACCGGAACGCGAAUUGUAUAUAUCCAGUACGCCUCCCUCUGCGCAACCGCAGACACACGACGAUCCAAAGUCGCACUUGCCAAAACAGAGUAAACCCGAUCCACCUCGGCCACCUAAACAUUAUCAAGAAUCACUAGACACAUUUUUCUGCAGCAAAUGUAAUAUGCGUCUGCCUGUGAGCGAAAAGGCGGAACACGACGACUAUCAUUUCGCGAUGGAGCUAUCGAAGGAAAUGAGGGCGGAGGAGCGUACUGUACCGAAUAUGAUGGCUGCUGCGAGGCAUACGCCGACCUCGAAACCAUCUAGAGGCAGAGGGGGACCGCCUGGUGGGAGGAACGUUGAGAAAGGACAGGCCAAGCUCGCAUUCGGACGGCCGACUUGA